ACAUCAAACACAUUCAGAUAGAACACUUGAAUCGAUCUUCCCACCAAUAAUAUCCAACACGUACUUGGUGUUCUAGAUCAUGAAGCAGCAGCUACAACCUCUUCUCUCACUCCCAUUGCUACUGAUCCUCCUCUCCCACUGCACCGGAAUCUCAGCUCAAGGCGCCCCAGCUGCGAGCCCAGAUGCAGGUCCAAUAGCCGACGCCCCGGCACCGCCGGGACCAACCAACGUCACCAAAAUCCUUGAAAAAUCCGGCAACUUCAACCUCCUCAUCCGCCUGUUGAAAACCACCCAAGUUGACACCCAACUCUACAGCCAGCUAAACGACUCCUACAGCAAACUGACCAUCUUGGCUCCAACUGACGCUGCCUUCUCGAAACUCAAAUCAGGGUCUCUCAACUCCCUCAGUGAAUCUCAGAAGGAUCAGCUCUUGCAGUUCCAUCUCAUCCCAGAUUUCCUCACCAUCUCAAACUUCCAAACUCUCAGCAACCCGGUUCGGACCCAAGCCGGAGACCAGUUUGAGUACCCGCUAAACAUCACCACAUCUGGAAACUCAGUUAACAUUACCACUGGUCUUGUCAACACUUCAAUAUCAGGCACUGUGUACACGGAUAACCAACUGGCGGUUUAUCAGGUCGACAGUGUGCUACAGCCUUAUGGGAUUUUUGCUCCCAAGCCUCUGCCUCCUGCUCCAGCACCGGCACCGGAAAAGGCAAAGCAUAAAAAGAAGGCUUCGGACGAUAGCCCAGUUGCCGCAGUGAAAUCUGCUGCAGGGUCAGUAGUCUGUGAUCUCUCCAGGAAUGGGUUGGUCUCCAUUGGAGUUGCUGUGGUUUUCGCAGCGGCAAUGUUUUUGUUACAAUGAGAUUGAUUGAAGAAGAGGGUGAGUAUGGUUUGAAAUAAUUCGUCUCUGGUUUUGACCUUUUAUGAAUGUACCGGUUUGUGAUCAUGUACGUACGUAGGUUCUUUUUCUGGGGGUUGUGCUUUUGUUGGUUGCUUUGUAUUCGUAUGGUAUGUAUUUGCGUUAAUUUAGCUAUUUCUUCUGGAUAUUUUGAACCUUUGUACAAUUCUUGGAUAUCA